AUGGGCAUCGUCGUGUACGAGGGAGUGAUGAAGACGAUGGGAGGAAAGAUUGAUCACCGUCCCACUGGGCUCUUCAUCAACAACGAGUUCGUGCCGUCCGUGGAUUCAAAGGAGACGAUCGACUGCAUAAACCCUGCCACGGAAGACGUUAUCUGCUCCGUCGUCGCAGGCUCCGUGAAGGACAUCGACGUCGCCGUCGCCGCGGCGCGCAAGGCGUUCAAGACGACCUGGGGCAAGAACGUCACCGGCUUCGAGAGGGCGCGGCUGAUCAACAAGCUCGCCGACCUCAUCGAACGAGAUGCGCAAGAACUCGCCGAGCUCGAACUCUCAACAACGGGAAGCCGCGACUUCGACAUCGGCGACAGUGUCGCCUGCCUCCGCUACUACGCCGGCUGGGCGGAUAAGAUCCUUGGCCAGGCGAUCGAGGUCGACAACAAGACCAAGUUCGCGUUCACCCGCCACGACCCGAUCGGAGUCUGUGGCCAGAUCAUCCCAUGGAACUACCCCAUCAACAUGUGGUCGUGGAAGGUCGCCCCCGCUUUGGCGUGCGGGUGCACCAUCGUCAUGAAGCCCUCGGAAAUUACGCCACUGACCGCGCUGGUGAGCCCUCUUCUAUUCGUAGACUCCCGCCGGGGCGCGAACUUCCCGCCCGGCGUUGUCAACACGGUCCCGUCGCUCGGCCCCGUAGGUGGUCAGGCGUUGUCCGAGCACAGGGAUGUCGACAAGGUCGCCUUCACCGGGAGCACCGUCACCGGCCGGAAGAUCAUGGAGGCCGCCGCGAAGAGCAACCUGAAGAAGGUCAGCCUCGAGCUCGGGGGCAAGUCGCCCCAGAUCAUCUUCGAGUCGGCGGACCUGGACCAGGCCGCGAACUGGGUCGCCCUUGGGAUCCUGUACAACACCGGCCAGGACUGCACCGCGGGCUCGCGGCUGUUCGUGCAGGAAUCCAUCUACGACAAGUUCCUCGACAUUUGCGUCUCCAAAUUCAAGCAGCACAAGAUUGGCGACGGCUUCGACGACUCGAGUGCAGGCGGACCUGUGGUCUCCAAGAUGCAAUACGACAAGAUUUUCUCGUACAUCGACGCCGGCAAACAAGCAGGGGCCAAGUGUGUCCUCGGUGGAGAAAAGCGUGCUGGCAAGGGCUACUAUGUCGACCCCACGGUGUUCGUCGACGUGACUCCUGACAUGAAAAUUGUUCGAGAUGAGAUCUUCGGUCCAGUGCUUUCGGUCGCAAAGUUCAAGACGGAGGAGGAGGCGAUCGAGCUCGCCAAUGACACCACCUACGGCCUCGGCGCCGGCCUGCAUUCUACGGACGCCAGCCAAUGCAUGCGCGUGUCGCAGGCUCUGGAGGCCGGCACGGUCUGGGUGAACCAGUACAACCUGCUCAACAACAACGUCCCCUUCGGCGGCAAGAAGCAGAGCGGCAUCGGUCGCGAGCUGGGCAGCUACGCCCUCGAGGAGUACACCUCCGUCAAGGCCGUCCACUGGAACUACGGCGAGAAGCUCGACUGGCCGCUGUGA